UGUCCUCGGUGCGGGGGGGGGGGGGGAGAAGGCAACUAAAACGUAUCAUGCUUUUAGCACUUGGUGCUGCCUUCCCUUUUGUCUGACUCAUUGAGCUGGAUUUAAUUGUCAUUGGGAAAUGCCCGGUUUUGAUCCGUGUUCUUCGCAUUUACUACGUCUUUUUGCUUCACCUAGAACGCUGUUAGAGAGGCGUAUACCUGAAACAUACUUGCUGUUUGGUUUUGGGGGUUUUUUUUGUGGUCCAUAUUCUAGCUGAGGAUAUUCAGGUAAACAAGUAUUUAUUUAACCAGCCAGUUUAGCCCCAUCGCUGACUCAAUUCCAAGGUUUUAUUACUGGUUUAAAAUUAGCUUGCAUUUGUAUUCCCUUUAUAUUAAGUAUUAGGAUAACUUUAAGUGCAUUUAUUAUGCACUUCACUCAGUGCAUAAGUGUUAGGAUUCGCUUGUAGUUUAUUGGAAGUGCAUUCGGUGUGCAAGAAAGAGCUUAGUUAUAUUGAUCAUUCAAAUAAUCUGAGUAUCUGCCGUUAUUAAAGUUGACUAUGCUUCAGCUUAGUUGUGAUUUGGAACUAAAAAUGUAGUUAUGAGACUGUUAACUUUAAUAAUAAUAAAGUAUUUAUGUUCCCCUUUAGUUUAGCUGGGUAAAUUUGCUAGUAACUGUGAAGGUCGGUGAUGUAAAUUACUGUUUGAGUUAACAUGCUGAAUAAAAUAGCUCCUUUUUAUAUUGGGAGGUCAGGGUUAAACAGGGACAUCUCUGAGGGUUAAGACUUUCUCCUUUUGGGGGUAGAAGAGAUCUUUAUAUUUUUUGCAAAGGUUUGGUUGUAACCACCCAACCAAAAGGUUGGGGAAUGCAUUUGUAAGGCCAUGAGAGAGUAAUUGUCUCUUAGGUCUUUGAUCAUAGCCAGGUGUUUUCUGUUCUUUCUGUGAAAUAGGGAUGCAAUUGUCUGAGAUGACUACUUCAUGAUGCUGCAUUUUCUUUAUUGAAGUAUUUGCACUCCCUCUUUCUCUAGAGAAGAAGCUGUAGGCAUGUUAAUCAAAUUUCAUAUUUUCUUCUUACAGUGGCCGUAUGCUCAGCCGCUUCAGUUCUGUGGGAUGUUGGAGUUGGCAGCCUUCAGAGAUAUAAAUAGAAGCUGAUUUCAGAGGCCCCUGUUGAUAAGGUUUUGUGUCUGAGCCUUUAGUUUAGCCUGUCACACUGCAGCCUUGUGACAGGCGGAAGCUAAUGCACUCACCCAUGUGACCCAAGUUUCUGAGAAAAGUUCAGGAAAGCAGAUAUGUGAUGGUAUUAGCUAGUUUUUCAGGGAAAUAGAACUGAAUUUGUAAGGCCUUAGCUAGUUAGUGAUCUUAGUAGAAAAGCUCGUAGGGAAGAAUUGGAGAAGUCUGUAAUCUGUUUCUUCCAAAAACUUUACUUUCACUGUUGGUUCAAAAGAUUAAAUGGCAUAUUUUAGUGUCCUGGUUAGCAGAUUAAAUUCUGGAAAGUAUAUUAUAACCUAGUCAGGUGAUACUUGGACCUUAGAAUGUGAAAAAGCACAAUUUCUUAAGCAUUGGAUAACAACUUGAUCUUUCAAUCAGGGGCAUGUAUUUCCAGUAGUGAGACUGCUGACAAAGGAGCCAUGAAGACUCUUGUUUGUAAUAUGUUAAUACCUGAAGCUAAACUUAGUAAGUGGUGAAACAUGCUAAUUUGAAAGUGGAUUGAGUCAGUUGAGAUUGAUGGUGGUAGUGUAUGUGAUAGCACUUUGAGUGUACCUGCAUAAUAAGGGCAGAAGUACAGUCUGUAUUUGUAUUAUAACAUAGAGCUACAAUAAAGAUGAGAAUAUUUUUUUAGGUCUUGGAUUUUCUGAUGCGUCCAUUGACUGGCGUAUGGUUAUAAAACUGCAAUUUGAGAGGUAUAUGAGAAUAAGUGUGAGUUUGCUUUGUAGUACUGAAACAAAGGUAUAAAUUGUUGAAGUCCCAUGACCACCAGCAGGCAGAUUAAUUUUACUCUUCUGCUAUUGAUUUACUUUGAUCCUAGAAGUUUAGAUUAACUAGACAAAUGCUGCUGUCAGUUACAGUUGUCAUACUGUUGAGAUAUGUGGUUACAGCUUGUAGUGUGGCUUUUUUUAAGUUAUAAAAAGCCUUUUCUUUAUACACUAGAGUUAAUUAGCAUUUGGUAUGUUUGAGUUCUCAUGAGCUUCAGCAGACAAAUAUCCCUUAUUGUGUCUGCCCUUAAAGAGGAAGGCAGUAAUCUAGAGUUUUCACUAAAAUGUCUCCAAGUGCCAUAGGCAGUACUUCCACUAAAUCUAAUUUUUUGAAGGACAAGUGCAAUAUUCUUAUGUGUCCUCAAUUUGUAGUAGAUCGCUUGAUUACUAUAUUCCAGUUUUAUUGCCAUUGGGAACUAAGGAUUUGGUUACUAUAUCAGUUCUUCUACUACCUUUGUUUUGCAGAGGUUAACUACCAGUGAAGGUGAAGCAUUUUUAUUCCUAACUUUUGAAGUUGAUGGCAGAGAUGAAGGUUAGCAUUAUCUACCUUUAGGAGGUGCAGAAGUCUGCCUAUAUCUUUAAGACAAAAGAUUUAACUGGCUUUUUGGAAAUGUGUAGGUUGUGUAAAUGAAUGCAUUCAACAGUCUAAAAUGGUUUUAUUGUUCUUGGAAGAGUAAGAUCUGGUCUAAGCUUAUUUCAGAAAUGCUUUUUGAUCAUCUGUUUUGAGGGCCUGUUGUAUGCAUGUUGUUGCCAGUUAAUAGUCAGUAUUGGGCUUCAUAUGUAAUUUAAGCAGAGUUAAAGGUCUUGUUACAGAAAAUUCUCCUAAAUAUUAAAAAAGCCUAGAAAACCAGUUUUAAAAUGACUGUUGCCCAUACUUCAGUGAUUUUUGUUCUCUUUAACAAAUGUUUUGUGAAAGUACAAACUGUUAAUAAUGGGAUUAGCAUCAGAAUGAUGCAAGAUCAACAUUAUUGAAAAAGUGGAGUUCUUUUGGAGUCUGCAAAAAUAAGCUAUGCUAAUUACCAGAGUUGUUUAGUAGACCUAAACUUGGUCUUGCUUAUUCUACUCAUCUAGCUGUGUGGGUUUUUUUUUUUUCCUACCCUGUAAGUGCUCAGAGGUUGGUAAUAAAGUUUCUGUUGGCAGUUGAAUUCGAUUUGGUUGUAACCUGCACGCACAGCUCAGUCUGACAAGUAUAUUACUUCAGUAUUACUAUGUGUAUUGGGUUUGUGUGGCAAGGUUUUGGUAGCGGGGGGCCACAGAGGUGGUUUCUGUGAGAAUCUGGUAGAAGCUUCCCCUAUGUCCAAUAGAGCCAAUGCCAGCUGGCUCCAAGAUGGACCUGCUGCUGGCCAAGGCUGAGCCAAUCGGUGACAGUGGUAGCACCUCUGUGAUAACAUAUUUAAGAAAGGGGAAAAAACUGUGCAACAGCAGUUGGAGGAGAGGAGUUAGAAUGUGAGAAAACCAACUCUGCAGACACCAAGGUCAGUGAAGAAGGAGGGGGAGGAGGUGCUCUAUGUGCCAGAGCAGAGAUUUUCCUGCAGCCCAUGGUGAAGACCAUGGUGAGGCAGGUUAUCCCCCUGCAGCCCAUGGAGGUUAAUGGUGGAGCAGAUAUCCACCUGCAGCCUGUGGAGGACCCCAUGCCAGAGCAGGUGGAUGCACCUGAAGGAGGCUGUGACCCCCAUGGGAAACCUGUGCUGGAGCAGGUUCCUGGCAGGACCUGUGGAGAGAAGAGCCCAUGCUGGAGCAGCAUUGAAAUGGCUCAGGAGACAAACCAGACCCCAGGGCCCAUGCUGUGUAGUACAGGAUGUGGAUUUUAUGGAAAUCCUAGGACAAAUGGCAUGUGUUCUGUUUGCUACAAAGAGCAUCUUCAGCGUCAGCAGAAUAGUGGUAGAAUCAGCCCAAUGGGUAAAGGGACAGCUAGUGGUUCAAACAGUCCUACCUCAGACUCUGCAUCUGUACAGAGAGCAGACACUAGCUUAAACAACUGUGAAGGUACUGCUAGUAGCACAUCUGAAAAAUCAAGAAAUGUGCCUGUUGCCGCUUUGCCUGUAAUGCAGCAAAUGACAGAAAUGAGCAUUUCGAGAGAGGAAAAAGUAUCACCGAAAACAGAGAUGGAGCCAGUUGUUACUCAACCAAGCCCAUCAGUUUCUCAACCUAGUACUUCACAGAGUGAAGAGAAAGCUUCUGAACUACCUAAACCAAAGAAGAACAGAUGUUUCAUGUGCAGAAAGAAGGUUGGCCUUACAGGAUUUGAUUGCCGAUGUGGAAACUUAUUUUGUGGACUUCACCGUUAUUCUGACAAGCAUAACUGCCCAUAUGAUUACAAAGCAGAAGCUGCAGCAAAAAUCAGGAAAGAGAAUCCAGUUGUGGUGGCUGAAAAAAUCCAGAGAAUAUAAACUAGCUUACUUGUGAAAAGACUGACUUUUAUUUGUUUUAUUUUAAUAUACCCUAGGAAAGCAUUAAAGAGCAGGUGCAUGACCAUUUUCCUUUGUUCUCCAAAGUUUUAAUUUUAGCCUUGUCUGUCUUAAUGAUAUUUCAGAAUGUUUGGGUGUUUGUUACAGGCAGAAUUGGAUAGAUACAGCCCUUGAAAAUGUAUAUGUUCUCCUCAGUAUAACUGGAUGAUCAGAACCUGCACAGGAAUACACAUGCACAGAGGACAGGCUCUAGUUCACAUGUGCUGAACAGAUGCAUACUAUCUGCAUGUUUGCAGCAGAUCUGCCUUUUUUGAUGUUCAGGGUGUAUAACACUAGCCAAAGACUAUGUGCCUGUUUGGGAGAAGGAUAUGUCAGAAAGGUUGGCAGUCUACUUCUAUCAUUUAAAAUCUUGUUCUACUUUUAGUUUCCACACUCCAUUGUUUUCCAGCAGAAUGUAAGCCACGUAGAGGGCUCUCCUUUCCAGUAAGAUGAGUGGUGGUGCCAUAUUUAAAAAAAAGUCAUUUAACAAUUGCAAUGGGAAAAAUGGAAAGAAUCAGAUAUGUAUGAGAAGAAAACUAUUUUGGAACAGAUUACAUUAACUUUAGAAUCAUGAAAAUAGUUUCCCAAAGGAAAUGUCCUGUUAGAAACUUAAGAACUGGCCUGAAACAGUUGUCUGCUUUUCCUUGCAUAGCUAAAAAUGUUGUGUAGCACAAUAUUGUGCUAAGAUUGACUUACAAAACAGAAGCUACAUAUGUGUGGGUUUUUUGAACAUAACACAGCAGCUCUAUCAAGUGACAUAUGCGUCUGUGUAAGUUGCAGAAGUAUUUGAGCAGUUUAUUAUUCAUGUACUUCUUAAAUGCAGUGUGUUCUGGGUUGAAAAGAAUAUUAGGAGCUUUUUUAAAAUUUAAAAAAAAAGUAACAAUUGCACAUGCAACAAUUGUUGGGUAUGGAAAACCAUACCCAACGUGACUCCUGUAGACUUAAGUGGGAGCUGGAACCACUCUUGGAGGGCUGCUUUAUCAUUUUUUAAUUGUACUUUGGUGUAGAACUGUAGUGUUCUUGGGUGUAUUGCAUGGGCUCCAUUAUCUACAGCUUUGUAUAAUAACUAGAAAGGGCAGUAUAGUUCACUGAUGCUUGUCUGGUAAUAUCACUUCUAUGUUAUAAUGGAAGGGUUUUUUGUGAUGUAUGAAACUUGUGGGGUUUUUUAUAUAAUUAAGUAUAGUGUAGACUAGUGUUGUAGUAAUGCCUCUUCUCAUCUGUAAAUAGUUGUGUAUGUACACAAGAUGCUACUUCUGACUUUUAUUGCAGUGUUCAGUCUUAGUUUUUUAGUUCACUAUUAAAAGCAUCAGGCUUUGCUUUAACUUUGUUCUUUCAAUUUAGUUAUCAGAUAUGCAAACAUGUACAGAUAGUUCAUACUUAGGUAUUGCACAUAAUCGCACUAUCCGGCAUCUGUGCUCUAUUGUAUUAUGUAAAUAAUAAAAAUCAUGUACAGAAGGAAAUACUUUUUGUGAUAGUUCAUUGGUUUUAGUUAUUGCUGUAACUUGAAAGUGGCCCUGUGGAGGUUGGGGUACAAAGUUAAUACUAGGGUUGUAUAGAUGUGUUUUUGCUUAAACAUGUCUGUCUAAUCUCCUUGUUUCUUAUUUUGACAUACUGACUUGUUUAAGAUGGCUCGUUGAGGUCAGAGAAGCAUGAACAGCUGGAAUACAGGUAACUACUUGAUGACCAAAGAUGUUGGCAAACAACAAUGUGCUUAAAGGGAAUGAAGGAAAUAUUAGCAGUGAACUUUAAAUGUUUGUGGUUGGGGUUUUUUUGUGGGUUUUGGUUUGUUUGGUUUUUUUUCCCCUUUUGGCUACGAAAGUUAUUUCUAGUGGAUCUGUUUUAAUACAGCCAGUAUACUGACUACAUUGUUUUGUUCAAAUCUUCGCCAGCAGGCCUGGGCAGAGUUGUCAGGGUCUGUAUCCAAAUAUGGAUGUCACAUAUGCCAGACUUACCCUUCCCAAGGAGAAACAAAAGUACAGAGCGCAUAGCACAUGUUGACUUGGAAGAAGCUAUCUUCACUGCUGAAUAAUACAUAAAAAUUGUUUAUAUCAGAAAUGUAUAAUGUGCAUCUCAUCAGUCAGCUAGUACUAACACUCAAGGGAUAAGUUAUUACUGCUGCCACUAUAUAUACUUCUGAUAAGGGAACAAGGGCAUGUUCUUGGGCCUUCAUGUGCCAGGAUGAAUUUUAUUUUUUUAAUCGUGGAACUGUUUUAAAGCAUCAAAACUAUCAUUUUUCUACCUUUUUGUAUUAAAGUAAAAUCAACUCAACUGCAUCAUAAAAAGCUUGUUUGGUUUGGGGUUUUGGGUUUUGGGUUUUUUUUGUUGUUUUGUGAAUGCACCUUGGAAUUGGAUAUUUGAGGAGAAUGUGUCCAGAUUUGCAAUACUGUCAGGGUGAGAGUAUUUUAGGAAGGAUAACCAUGCUGAUACUAGUACUUAGUGAUUCUGAUGAUCUCUCUUGCAUUCAUUUGCUUUUUUAGUCUGGACAAAGGCUUGUUUAAAUAAUUUAUCUCAGUAGAUCUGAGGAGGAAAGUAUGGAAUGAAAAACCCCUCAUUGUUCUAUAAAAUCAUGAACUGUAUCAUGUAAAUUGUCCACAGGUGGGAUAUGAGCCUGUAUUCAAAACUAAGCUUUAUUCUGUUAAUAAUUUAUAUAGGGUCUAUAAUCAUUCAGGAGCACUAUUUCCAUUGAGGCUCAUUAAACAUUCAAAGAGGGGGAAGGCUGUUUAGUAAGAGUGGGUACUGACAAAGUGUGAUAAAUAGAUAAUAGAUAAAUAGACAAAUUUUGGUGCAAACAGUGUGGUACAUAUCCCUUGGCAAAAAGAAUAUGAAUAUAGGUGCAGAACACUUUGGAUUUUGGUCAUUUGGUCUUUUAAAUUUAAAGUGGCAAAUGCUUACAAACAAUAUACCCAUCUUCCAAGAAGGCAAUGUGAUUGCUUAACAUGAUACUAGUCCUUAUUUAACAUUUGGCUGUUAAACUGAUAUGUGUUUAACUUGUACAUAAAUAUGCUGUUAUAGGAAGAUAUACCUUGCCCCUGACAAGUUUACCAAAUGAUGGGGACUUCUUAGUUAGGGCAUAAGAAAGAACAUAUAAACAAAUGAGUAAACAAAAGUAGCUAGGUGACUAAGAAUUACUUAACUCUUAUCUCUUAAAUGUCUAGCUAGGAUUAUGGCCCCACAAUAGUGGGUUCCAUCGGAUUCUGUGCAAACCUGAAAUUUGGAGGAAGAACAAGCUUCCUGUGGUGUUUUCAACCAGUUGCUCUAAGGUUGAUGAACUGUCAGAUGAUGGGGUUGGUUGUGGUGUAUAAGGACGUAAUGAAGUUAAGAAGCCCUGACUACAUCCUGAGACCUUGCUGGUAUUUGACCCUUUGAAAAUGUGUUUUUGAAUAAUCAUAUAUUCUAAACCUAAAUAUUACAGCUUCACAGGCAUUCUAUUUCAGCUAUAAUUUUUUUUUUUAUUCUAAAUUAUUCAGAAGCAGGUUUGGCACUUCAGACUGAUAUAUGAAGCAUAUUUUACUCUGUGUCUAUAGGAUAAUAGAUGAGCUUUCUUCCAGUUCAGGUAUCUCCCACCAACUGAGAAUGGAAGAUGUAAUGUUAAACCAUGUAACUGAUUUAAAACUUUACUUUGUUUAUGCAACUGCAUGACACACAGAAUUGCAUGAUAAAACAUAUAUAAAUUGUUAUGCUCUUUUACAUGCAUUUCUUAAAAUAAAAAUCAAAUUAAGAUAUUUAGUAAUUUUAGCUUCUAGAUGUUGCUAUUGACUAUUUCUACUUUUUAUUUAACAGUGUAUUUGACCACAUACAAUUCUUAACAUGACUCAGAGUUAACAAGUUGAUUGUCAUUGAUCAUCCCCUUGAUUAUAUAAAUAAUUGGCUCACUUAAAUGCCAUGAGGCUUUCUGUGUGUGGUAUAUUUAAUGUACUUUUAUUCAUAAAUCAGGCAAAAGAAUGAGGAUAGAGUUUCAGUAUAAAGUAUGUGAUGGCAAAUACAUGGCAAACUUAUGGUUGUAAAGUUUUAUCUUCAGUUUCAUUAUUUCCUUUUGCAUUAAGAUAAUGUAACUUUUUUUAUAUGCUUUACUGUAC